AUGGCUUUUGCUGAUGCUAGAUUCCUUCCUUCGGGUACUUACGCCAUCAUCAAUGUCGAGUACAACCGUGCCGUCUCUUUCAACAAGGGUUUCUCCGCAUCCGAAGUAGACUAUGGGUGUACCAUCUCACUGCUUGCGAAUAAGAAAUGGUCGAUUCAAGGCCCACCAGACGUGUUCGCGGACAUUGGACCAGAUGCGGAGGAAGAAGAAGACGUUGCCUCGAUAAAGAACCCGCCUAAGCCUCAUCAGUGGGUCAUCAAGCGUCAUUCCGCAGAAGCCCAAUUCUACACAAUCUACUCUCCAACUCAGCCCGAUUUGCUUUGGAGCCUUCCCAAUGGCGAUGAGGGGGCGUCUCUGCAAUUGUCUGCUGACCACGACAGCAGGGCAAGCUUUUGGAAGUUCAAAAAGUUAGAAAACGUGGACGGUGACCCCCAAGCUGUAUGCCUAUUUGCUUUGAUUACUAUGACAUGA